CAGAAACUCCACUUUACAAACUCGUAAGGUGAUGUACAUAUUCGAAAACCUGAAUUGGGAUGGGAAAUAUGACAAGCACCUUUUUCCUACAGAUUGUAUAUACUUGCUGCAAACUGCUUGUCAGAUACUCUUUCACCGGAUGUACAUCAGCACCGAUAAAUUCUACUGAUAUCAGACAAGUAGUCAGGCACAAAGAAAACGGUCAGUUAUCUGAAAGAACGUCUAUGAUACUUUUCCCACCAUCUAAAAUUUGUGCAAAUAAUCAAGUUGAUCAAGAAAACACACUGACAAAUACCAAGGCAAGCUGUACAUAUGAAAAUCAUUCUUCGAACGAAAAUAAUACUUAUAUACCCUUGGUGGGUGCACAGUCUGUGAUAGAAGCUCUGUUAACUACACAAUAUCCUGAAUCUGUUGUAAAUGAAACGGAAUAUUGGAAACGAAGAUUCAACAAUGAUCCUGAGGUAUGGGAUGAUUUUGAUAGAAAUCUAAUCAGCCCACUGGUUCUUGUCAAGUUAGUCAAUGAUUGGUUGGAGCAUUUGAAGUGCCCAGUGCUUCGAAUACAAGAUUUACUCAGCUUACAACAAAACCCUUUAUUUGAAGAAGAUAUCCUUCAGUCUCUUGAAAGUCUUGAGAAACCGGUCGUUUGUUUAAUGAGCUUAUUCGCAAGAUUAAUAAUCAAUUUACAACCAAUGUCUGAAGCAACAGAAAGUCUACUGAUACAACGUAUUUUGAAUUGGUUAUGUCAAAAACAAUCAAAACACUAUAUAUAUCAUCAAUCCUCAUCACUAUCGGUAUUGCCGACAUCAUCACCAAGAACAACAACAAUAACCACAACAACGAAGAUGGAUGAAAAUCGAUUGAAUAAUGAAAUAAGACAUCAUACAAAAUUUGAUAACUUAAUGCAGACAGCUAUUAAAAUAAUGCGUUUUCUAAUUGAUUUUGUAAAGCCUAAUUGCACAUCAGUCGAACAGAGUUAUUUCAUUUCUUCUAAGUCAUCUUCAUCAUUGUCUAUUAACCGAUGAUAACAAAGAAAAUAGUAGUGAAAUGAGUACUAUCAUAACCAGAAGAAAAUCACUGUAAGGCUGUAUAUUUUUUCUAACAAAGAUGUAUUUCACUAUCAUUAUUAUUAAGGCCAAUAAUGAUAAUGAUAGAAUUGCUGAAUAAACAAGAAAUGAGUGAUAGCUUUACACUACCAC